AUGAUGGUUGGUUUGGCCACUUAUGGUGAGAAUCCAUUGGCUGAAAUGUGGCUACAACAGUUUAGAAAUGUUAAAUUACGAAAUCAAUUAAUUCCACUCUUUAAUUCAGAAUUGGUGAGUGGUGGAAGUUUAGAAGGUACUGGAUAUGGUACUUCACAUAAGGAACUCUUCACUUUAUAUGAUUGGUGGCAACGUUCCACAGGUGAGAAUAUUGCCAAUCUCAUGCCUCACACUUAUAAUUCUCUCCAAUGGAUUCUUCAUCAUUUGGUUCCAACCUUAGAUUAUUUGGCUCCAGUUGGUGAUCAUGCUCGAGACUCAACUGCUGCUUUCUAUGAUUAUCAUCGUCAUUAUAUUCUAGUGGUAUGCUCUUUAUAUCCUACUUCACCAUUGGCUCGAGUGGCUAAAACCAUUUUGAGCAAAUCGAGUAUUCCUAUGAUGACUGGUGGAUUCAAUCGAUACAUUGAUUUCAUGUUUGAUAUUAAUAACGUAGAGGCUGCACCAACCAAUGAUACCAAUUUCAUCACUACUUCAUUUAGAGGAGAUUCCACUGGUAUUUUUGCAACAAGAUCAAGUUGGGAAAGUGAUGCUGUUUAUGCUCAAGUAAUGUGUGGUCCAUUUUCUCAAUCUCAUGCUCAUCGUGAUCAAGGAAGUCUUUUACUUUAUAAGAAGGGUUGGCUUGCCAUUGAUGAAAAUUUCCAUACCCAUUCAGGUAUUCAACAAGGAGAAUCAUUCCAUAACAUGGUCCGAAUUGAGUCUUCCACUGGCACCAUUCUUCAACAAAAACUCAAUACCGUAUGCAACAUGAGUGCCAUUUCCGAUAAUUCCUACUACUCUUAUUCGCUCUCUAAGGUUACUCCAAGUUAUGGUGGUCAAAGUGCCAUUCAAAAGGUGGAAAGAGAAUUUAUUUUCUUAAAACCAAGUACAGUCGUGGUAUUGGAUCGAGUCGUUACCACUACAUCCUCCAACUCGAAACGAGUGUGGAUGAUCAACUUUUCAUCUGCUCCCACCCUCUCUGGAAAUACCAUUACCUACAAUAAUGGAAAGAGUAUUCUCAAAGUUCAUACACUCUCACCUCAAUCCUAUUCAUCAGCUAUUAUUGAUUGGCAUUCCGUUGAGAGUGAUGCUAAUGAGGGUGCGCGAGUCGAUCUCACCGAUACCACAUCCAAUUCAAACUCGACCUUAUUCUUGAAUGUCUUUUCCAUUGAUAAUUCAGUAUCGAGUGCUGUCAGAGACGAUUCCGUGGCAGGAACCAUUGGAACUACUCUUAGCUUAUCUGAUGGAAGAAAAGCAACUCUCCGUUUCAGUAAACAGGGUACUGGUGGCUCUGUCACUAUUCUCUCUGCCACCAAUGCAGUACUCGUGAAUGAGGAUUUAACCACUCAAAAGCAAGCGUUAGGAGUGGGUGCACCAGUAGUCCCAGUGGCCUCACCCAAACCAUUGCCAUCCAAUGUGAAGCCAAAUCCUUCCAAGAGUGCAGCACAACCAUCCAAGAGUGGAAAGAUUGCAAAGUCUGUCAAUUCUGCUGUUUCUCUUCAAGUGAGAUUCGUUGGAUUAUCCAUGAUGGUAUUCUUGUUGGUUUUAAUGAGUAUGUAA